GCUGCUGCCCGCCGCCACGGCAUUACGCUCGUGCCCAGUGCCCACGAGAAAAGGCAUCACGCCGAGAGGCGUGGUUCACGACGUCCUCACGCUGCUUUGCGACCACGCCGCGCCACCCGCCCACCUUGUCUCUCCGGCGUCUACGCGCUUGACGCUGGGCCGCCUUUCUUCACCUCCUCGACCACCAUCUCCGCCAAACACCAUCGCAUAAUGCAGCUCCUGCUCAUCCUCGCGCUCCUCGCCCGCACCGCACGCGCGGGCAUCUUCAUCUGCACCUGGCGCCCCUGGACCGACUCGCCCGAGAACCACGGGUACGGCAACUUCUGCGUCGCCCACGCGCGGCGCAUCGACGAAACGCACGUCGAAUGGCACUGCGAGGAUCGCGACAUCGGUCGAGACGUCGUCGUCGCCGACCUCGGGUACAUCAACUUGAAUCGCGGGAUCCUACGCUUUCGCGCCGGCUGCCCGCCAGGAAAUGGGACAAGCUGGGGAAGGCUGGAGCCCGGCGGUUGCUACAGUGAGGAUCAGGCGGUAUGCAUUGGGUUGAACGGAGCUGAAAAUGGCGACAAGGCCGACUGCUACUACGUAGCGAGCAGCGAUGACUGUACGUGGCCGGAGGUGUUUAGUGCGGACAAUGCACCGCAGACCGUCGAGAUUUGGGGCCAGUGAGCGCGGCGCGAGGUAGCUGCGGCGUCGACGCCCCGACUCCCCACGUACUCAGGUGGGGACUCCGUGAUAACGGGAGAUUUUCCGCAGCGAUGCGCGACUUGCAAAUGAAUACGACUUCAUCGCGCGUCGCGCGUCUAGCGCUUGGGCUGACGUGGUUCUUAUCAUGCGUUGAGAGUCGGG